AUGGUGCACAAAAACACAAAUGACGAGCUUACACACGAUCUCUCUCCAACCCAAGUGGCCGAAGAGGAUUUGAAGCGCCAAAGAGACCUGGAGGAGGGAUCAACUUCAGUCGAAUUUGACGAGCCUGCUGAUAAUGACCCCAAUAUCGUCAAUUGGGAUUGCCCUGAUGACCCAGCCAACCCUCAGAACUGGUCAAUGAAAAAGAAGACCGUCACGGUCGUUAUUGUGUCUUCCGUCACAUUCGUCACGCCGCUGGCUUCUUCCAUUUUCGCACCCAGCAUUGAACAAGUCAUGACUGAAUUCAACUCAACCAACACUCAGUUGGCAUCUUUCAUCGUCUCGGUUUACCUUAUCGGAUACUGUUUCGGCCCGCUUGUCAUUGCUCCCUUGUCUGAGAUGUACGGUCGGCUCCCACUCUACCACGUUUGCAAUGUCCUCUUCGUUAUAUUUAACGUUGCUUGCGCAUUGGCUCCUAACUUGGGUGGUCUUAUUGCCUUUCGGCUUCUUGCCGGGCUCGCGGGCUCUUGUCCACUCACGAUUGGAGCUGGAUCACUUGCCGACAUGAUUUCCAAAGAUAAACGUGGGGCUGCCAUGUCUUCAUGGGCUCUUGGACCCCUUUUCGGACCAGUAAUCGGACCAGUUGCCGGUGGAUAUCUUUCUCAAGCCAAGAGUUGGCGCUGGUCCUUUUGGGUUGUUUCUAUUCUAGCCGGUGCAAUCACGAUAAUGGCCUUCAUAUUUAUGAGAGAGACCUACGCAUAUGCUCUUCUCGAUCAAAAGACCAAGAGACUUCGCAAAGAAACAGGAAACCCCAAACUCCGCUCCAUUCUCGAUAAAGGCACCACCACGAAGGAACUCUUUAGCUUGGCCAUGGUGCGGCCCACCAAGAUGCUUUUGUUUGCGCCUAUCGUAUCGCUUCUUUCGCUCUACAUGGCUCUCGUUUAUGGCUACCUUUACCUUCUCUUUACAGCUAUGCCAACUCUUUUCGAGAAAGAAUACAACUUUGCUAGUGGAUCAGUUGGUCUUUCUUAUCUGGGUAUCGGUACAGGAUCGUUGAUCGGACUCGUCAUCUCUGGGGCGACAUCAGACCCCCUGGUUAGAUACUUGGCUAAGAAGAAUGGAGGAGAGCGUAAGCCAGAGUAUCGACUACCACUCAUGGCGGCAGCUUGUCUUAUCAUCCCAGCUGGUUUGUUCUUAUUUGGAUGGACUGCUGAGAACAAGAGCCACUGGAUCUUACCCAUUAUUGGCACUUCCUUCUUGGGAGUGGGUAUGAUCAUCGUAUUUAUGUGCAUCUCAGUUUAUCUCGUUGAUGCAUACCUCGAGUACGCUGCGUCUGCCAUUGCUGCAAGCACUGUACUCCGAUCACUCGUCGGAGCACUGUUGCCAUUGGCCGGAGGAAGCAUGUAUAAGAGUCUCGGUUAUGGUUGGGGGACCUCUGUGCUAGGCUUUGUUGCAGCAGCGGCAAUCCCGUUACCAGUGAUCUUUUUCAAGUACGGCGAGAGGAUCCGAAGCAGGAAUCUGUUUGAUGUCAAGCUCUAA